ACAUUGUGUAGAUAAAAUUAUUGACAUUGAUAGAUAAGUUGCAGAUCUAUAUUAGUUUGUGGCAAAUGAAAGAAAAAAUAUUGGGAACUAUUAAUUAUAUAUAUAAAGUUUGAUUACACUAAGUGUUUUUAAAUAAUUUUCACCUGUUUAUAGAUAACAAUGCAUCUGGUAAAUAUCUUAUCUCACAAUUAUAAUUGGAGUGACAGAUUUAUUUGAAAAUUUUCUGUUUCCUAAGUGUUGAUGAUAAUAUCUGUAGGACAGUAUAAAUAAAGUUUGAAAUUUACUGUUCAUUAUUAGACAUUUUGAAUAUAAUUACAGAUAAGUUUUAUCAAUUUUAAAUAGAUUUUGUAUUAAUGAUAAAUGACAUGUUGGAUUUUUUUUCUUCUUUUCUUUUGUAAAUUGUUUGGAGAAUUUUGUGGUUGGUUUAUUUGUUAUUCUGUAUAAACUUAUUUUCUGAGUCCUAUAUAUAUAUUUUUUUUGAUGAAGCAAACUCCUAUAAAAACUUAGCUUAGUUUGUCUAUUAAUAAACAUAUAUUUAGAUUUCUGAUUUUGGGCCCAGUUUUCAAGUUGGUCCAAAUCGGGGUCCAAAAUUAUACUGUGUUUGAUUUCAACAUAAAUUGAAUAUAUAUAGGCCCGGUUCUUUGAAAUGCUGAAUCUAAACCUUUAUUUAUUAUUAUUAUUAAUUGGAUAAUACCCCAUUGAGGUCCAAAGGGUCCUAAAUUAAAUUUUUGUUUGAUUUCAUCAAAAAUUGAAUUAUUGGGGUUCUUUGAUAUGCUGAUUAUAACAAUGUUAUUAGAUUUUGGAGAUUGGACCAUAAUAUGUAAAUGUCCGAUUUCAAAUUUUUCAGUUCUUUGACCACAUUCAUUUUGUGUCACAAACCUAUGCUGUGUCAACUAUUCAAUCACCAUCCAAAUUCAGAGCUGUUUUAAGCUUAAAUGUUGUGUCCAUACUUGCUCAACUGUUCAGGGUUCGACCUCUGCAGGAAAAUCCGGUUUGCUCACUCUGACAGCCUUUUGUUGACCUGCUGAUUUAAUGCCACUGUCUGUUUUUUGCAAUUAUGGGGUUAAACUGUAAACCUUAAAAUGAGUUUCUGCAAGUGGAUUCAAUCUGUGAAAUUAUUUUAAAAAUUGCAUGGCAAGUGAUCUCAUGUCUGCAUUUAUUUAGGAUAUUUAUGAAAAAGUUUAAAAGAACCCCCCAAAAAUAUAUUAUUAUUAUACCAUCACUCAAGAAGUGGGGGCUUUAUUACAUGUAGCUUCGGAACUGUAGCUCAUAGGUCCUUAUGAUAUUUUUUUGACAAUUUGCGUAUCAUAGACCCUCAAAUUGUCAAAAAAUAUCAUAAGGACCUAUGAGACACAGUUCCACAGCUAUAUUGCAUGUACCUUAAUGUCCAUUAUUGUAAUUGUUUUUUCAGGUUUGAAAAUAUAUCAAGAUCAUUUUAUGAAAUAUAUAGUUUGAUAUUGAUGUUAUCCUGAUCGUGAUGAUUAAUAAAAAUAUAAUUUGUAAUAAAAAAUUCAAAAUAAACUUUCAGGAUUGAUAUAUAUGUGACAAUAUGCCAGCAAGUCCAACCAACCCCUGUGAUUCACAAUUGUAUAAACUACAGCAGGAAGGAACUUCUAAACAAGACCAGCAUAUAGAUCACUUAAGGAAUUCAAAGAUAUGGGCUGAAGCUGAUACAGAUUACCGGUACUUAAGGAAUUCAAAGAUAUGGGCUGAAGCUGAUACAGCUGGAGCUAGGUCUGACGCGAAUAUUAAGACAGUUAUAAAUCUUCGGUCAGAUUUUGAUAAUCAGGACACUGAGAAGACUCCUAUUGUGCCAAAAACAGUUACAGAUAAAGGAGUCAAGAGUUUAGCACCCCGACCUGAGACCAAGAUCCCUAAGAUAAACCAAACAUGUGAGGACAGAGUAUCAGAGACCCUUAACAGAAACCAUUUGAAAUCACAGGAUGAUGUUGUCCCAUUUAUAUAUAAUGUGGUGUAUGGGCAAGGAUUAAUUGUUACAGUAAAUCUUAAAGAUGAAUGUCUAAUUAGAUUUGUUGAAGACAGAUCCUUACCUCCUUUUAGAUCGAAACAAGUUUUUGAACAACUUACACAGAGCUGUAGAGUUAAGUUACAAGGAGGCAAGUAUAUAGCACACCAACCUGAUAACAGAAUAUCAGUGAUCCCUGAAAGAAACCAUUUAACAUGUGAUUUGAAAAUACAGUUUGAUGUCUCAUUUAUAGAUAAUGUGGUAUAUUGGCAGAGAUUAAUUGUAACAAUAAAUCUUAAAGAUGAAUGUCUAAUUAGAUUGGUUGAAAACAGAUCCUUACCUCCUUUUAGAUCGAAACAAGUUUUUGAACAACUUACACAGAGCUGUAGAGUUAAUAAUGGGGAUACCAAUAUUGGUGCUGAUGAAGUAUCACAUGUGGUAAAGAAAACCUAUGGUGAAAGAAACAAUAAAGAUGGAUGUCCGGUUGAAUUGGAAGAAGUCCGAUCUUUAAAUCGUACGUGUAUUAGAUUCUAUGUGAACACAUUUUUUGAACAACUUAUGAAGAGCUGUAGAGGGGUAUUGAAAGGAAUAGAUGUCAAAUGUUUUUUACUGGUGAUGGUCUUUAUACAUUUAGCUGUAGCUUCACCUUUGGAGAGAGUCUGUUUAGUUUCAAAUGAUUUGGUAGUAACUCCUUCUGGACCAUUACAAGUUGGAAAACGUAUGAAGCUGAUUUGCAGACACAAUUGUUAUCAAGGUACACCUAGAUGGGACCAAGAUAGGCCAAUUGGUAGCAAGCUUACCUUUAACGGAGAUGUUCUACCACCACAUAAACAAACGAUAGAUUUGGAAAUAAACGAGAAUGAAUACAACAUAAUUUUUCCGAAUGUCACAUUUACAGAUAUCAAUUCCACCUAUUCCUGUCAUUAUAGUUUUGUUCUUACACAGAUCAGUCCAAUUGAAUAUUAUAAAGUUCUACCAACUAUUGAAUCAAUCAGUAAACAAUCAGUCUAUGAGAACAAUGUUUUGAAUGGUACUUUAGAGUUUAAAGAGGUUUACCCUUUACCAGAAUGUGUUCUUUACUGUGAUGACAAAAGACAAAAGGAAAUACCUAUAUGUGAAACAUGCAAGACAUGGGAAAGAGACUUUUUCAAAGUUAAAUUUACUUUCAACAUAGAUUUGAAUAAUAAAAACUGUAGGGAGGAAAAUGUAUCAGUAAGAUGUGCUGUUGGCAGAGAAAACUAUAAGUAUGACUUUUCCAAAUUGCCAAAAAACAAGGAAAACAACGAGGCAACAGCAGGAAUUUCGGUAGGCGUUAUUAUUGGUGUACUAGUAGGAUUUGCUGUACUUGGAACUAUACUAUAUAAGCUAUAUAAGCAUGGUGCUUUCAGGAGAUGUCAGAGAGGUAACACUUUUGUCAGUAUACAUUUAUAG